AUGUUGAAAAUAUGGUCCAUGAAAAAGGAGCAAAAGGAUGCGGAGAACGCAGAGGGCCAGGCUGGCAAGAAGAAGAAGGUAACGGCGGCGCAGCUGCGCGUGCAGAAGGACCUCUCGGAGCUCUCUCUUGGACAGACCAUGACGACUGAAUUUCCCGAUCCCGACGACAUCCUCAACUUUAUCCUGACGAUUGACCCGGACGAGGGCAUGUACCGCUCUGGGCGGUUCACCUUUACCUUUGCCAUCAACCAGAGCUUUCCCCACGAGCCACCAAAAGUGUUGUGUCGAGAAAAGAUUUUCCACCCCAAUAUUGAUCUCGAGGGCAAGGUGUGUCUCAACAUUCUGCGCGAGGACUGGAAGCCGGUCCUGAAUUUGAAUGCUAUCAUCGUCGGACUUCAGUUUUUGUUCCUCGAGCCCAACGCUUCGGAUCCACUGAAUAAGGAAGCCGCUGAGGACCUUCGUCACAAUCGCGAGGGUUUUAAGCGCAACGUGCGCACGGCCAUGGGAGGCGGCUCAGUCAAGGGCAUUCAAUAUGACCGUGUGCUAAAAUAA